AUGUCUAAAAAAAUCGCUUCCCUCAAAAAUGUUAUGCUUCUGAUAAAAGAUGUUCCGAAAUCUGUAAAAUUUUAUUCGGAGGGAUUAGGCAUGACAGUAAAUCAUUCAACAGAGCAUUGGGCAGAAUUACAAUCUGGACAUAUGAAAGUAUGUUUGAAUAAAGUUGAAGGAGAAGCAUCCAGUACAACCGGCUAUUCACCAUUCUUGUGUUUUGAUGUAAAUGAAAUGGAUAAGACAAUUUAUAAAUUAUUAGAGAUGGGUGCUAUUCUAGAUGGACCAAUUAAAUAUCCAUCCCAUGGAAAAGUUGCUGCACUAAGAUCUCCAGAUGGUCACAUGAUUGGAUUAUUCGAAGAAAAUCAAUCAAAUUAA